UUAUUUCAAAACUGUUUGAUUAUAAUUGAUAAAAUAUUUUGAAAUUUAAAAAUAGUGUUAAAUAUUCUAUUAGAAUAAUAUGUUUCUCAAUAAAUUGAAAUUAGUAUUCUUUUUUAUUCAGACAAUCAACCAAUCAAUAUGUGUUGAUCUAAAUAACAUUACACAUGAGGACAUAGAGACUCUUAAAAUGGAAUACCCAAAUAUUCAUUAUGUCAUUCUUCAACAACAUCCUUAUUAUAUACAAUCGAAAAAUGAGGUAUUGUUUUGUCCACUACCUUACAGUCACGUAGUAGAUGAUGAAGAUAUUCCUUAUGAAGAAGGUUUAGAAAUAAUAAAUAAAACAUUAACACUUGUGGUUAGUAGAUGUGUGAACAAAAAAAAUUAUAAAUUGGCUUAUACAAUUUUUUUGAACGCCAUUGAAAGUAUGGUCUUUACAUUCAUGUAUCGGUUCUGCGAGUUUGCAAUAGAAAUGAAUAAACAAUGUGCUGAAAUAUCAUUUUACUUAGAAAAUUUUAGUGAAAAACUUGCUGAACUUAUACCGAAAAUUAAUAGAGAAUGGAUUUCUCCUGAACCGCAUGAAUGUAUUUUAGAUGUUUAUAAAAAUCACAAAUCUAAGGAAUUCAAAUUUAAUAAAAUCAACAUAAAUUACAAAAAUGCUUUAUUAAACUGCAUGAAGUUAAUGGAAAAUAAAGUGCAUUUUUUAAAAGAACCUAAUAAUAUAUCAAUGAAUAAUAUGGAUGUAAGCGACUUAGAACGUUACUAUAAUAUCAGUUAUAAUAUUAUAGGUUAUCAUUUGUUUUUAUCACAUGAUUCUACUCGUUUCAAAUAUAUAACUGGAGAUAUAUGUGAAAGCAAAUGUUUUGGAUGUAACAAAUACAGUAGCGGUGAUUCGGGAAUAUACUUUUUUUCACCAUGUGGACAUGGCUGGUCAUGUGAAAGGUGUGUUAAAAAAAUUGAAGCUUGUCCUGUAUGUAAUGAAUUGAUUACAAGUACUCAAGAACUAAAUAUACAAACAUCUGUGUCAAUAGUACCCGAAAUGUAUGAGCCCUUACCACCAAGAUGUAUCUUAGAUGGACGAGAAGCGCGUUGUAUAAAGUGUCGCAGUCAAGUAACAGAUGAUGAUGAUGAUGAACUGUCAAAGAGUUACAUAAUGAUACCAUGUGGUCAUGGUUGGUAUUGUGAAAAUUGCAUUGAGGACGAAAAAGUGUUCAAUAUGUUCCAAGAAAAAAACAGAUAAAUUGUGUAUAAUAUUAAAAAACAAUGAAUUGCAUUCAAAUUAAUCCGUGUUCAUUAUGGCGCAUUGGUACUACAGAUACAUUGUGUGUAAAUUUGUAAAACA